AUGCAUGAUCAUGGCCUACAAAGGCCUAUUGUUAUCCAGGCUGAAAUUACUGGAACCGUUGCAUGGGCGAAGGGUCUGGAAGAUCAUGCUCGCACAAAGCAAAUGGCCUUCAAAUUACUUCCUUCGCGAAGAAUCGCCCAACUCACUCGUGUGGGUGAGACUGGAUUAGUGCAGCGAGGGAUUGGGAGGAUCGUGCUUAUGAUUGUGGAACAGCUAGCCCUGGAACUUUGCGCAUUAUUACCAAGAAAGACAAACUCGUCUGCUCCUGGUAACUUCUCGAAGUUGCCAUAUCGCGAGAAGUUGCCAUGUCGUCCCCCUGUUGAGGAGGCUUUCCUACUGGCUAGCUGGGCAGAGGGGAGUUCCUAG